AUGUCCUGGUAUCUUCCUUGUGGAAACAAGAACAUUGAUGUCUUUCCUGAACCUGUAGCGAUUGCCAACUUGAGAGGUGACAUCCAGGACUUUGAAACACAGCACACUUUUCUUUGUGAGGCUUCAACUGCUGUGUUUGUGUUCUUUGAAACACAACUCUUAGAUUCACAGUUAAUUUCAGUCCCCAGUCAGAAAUCUACACCUCAGCUAUUUUUUGUAGGGGACUCCAAAAAUAUGAGCAUAGAAGCUACAGUCAGCAAACUCAACCUGAACAAAAGCAAUUUAAUUUUUAAAGCUAAGCAGAAUGAUGCAGGGUUUGAUGACAAAAUUCAGAGCAAGAUGCUAGAUGUAAUUAAGCACAACAAUCACAAAAUGUCAGUUGUUAAUUUAGCUGAGAUUGCAAGAAAUCUGGGAAUUCUGGUGGAUGAGGAUGCUGAAGAAUGUCAGCAUGCCAAAGCAUGUGCAGAUGAAAUCACAUCAAAAAUUAGUAAUAUAUUGCAUUUCAAGCAGAAGGAGCUGCCCUUGCAAGGGGAAAUCUUGAUUAAACUGGCCAAGUUAGAGAAGAAGGAAUGCAGAUUGAAGAAAGUUGGGGAUAAGAGUGUUGAGGACUACAAAAAUGAACUUCAGAUACAGAAAAAGAAGCUCAGAGAAGAGCAAAACAGAACAGACAUGUCUGCUACCAUGAGCUGCUUUAUCAGUGCAAUAUCAAUGACAGAAAGGGCCUACUUCUUAAAAUGGUUGAGAAUCAAUUUGGAGAAUCGCUCACAUAAGGUUCUGCCCAAACUCAGAGAACAGUACAAACAGAAAUGUCAAGAUAUUUGUGGGAACAAGACUGAAAUUGCUGAGCUUGAUAAAAAGAUUUCAAACAGUUCUUUGGCAGUGGAGCACUUAAUUCGAGAGAUGAGCCAGCUUUACGAGGCUGCAAUCUCACUUCCAGAAGAUGCACUUUCCCGAAAACAGCUGGGACAUUUACCUAGACUCUGUGCUGAACUACUGCUGGAUGGAUUUUCACUUGAACUUAUGGAUGGAGAUUCUUCAAAUAUCCCUAUAAAAUGGAUUACUAGUGUGUUUUCUGAAUUAAACACAUUGGUGGAGCCCAAAAACAAGUUUAUGGUUGUCACCGUUUUGGGCGUCCAGAGUUCAGGAAAGUCAACACUGCUGAACACCAUGUUUGGAGUUCAGUUUGCAGUGAGCAGUGGAAGAUGCACCAGAGGAGCCUUUAUGCAGUUCAUUAAAGUAACAGAAGCAGAACUCAAUUGUGAUUAUAUAGUGAUAAUUGACACUGAAGGACUGAAAUCACCUGAGCUCGCACAACUGGACAACAGCUAUGAACAUGACAAUGAGUUGGCAACUCUUGUUGUUGGACUGAGUGAUGUAACAAUUGUCAACAUCGCCAUGGAGAAUCCAACAGAGAUGAAAGACAUUUUACAGAUCAUUGUUCAUGCCUUCAUCAGAAUGAAGGAAAUAGGAAAGAAACAAACAUUGUUUGUACACCAGAAUGUUGCUGAUGUCUCAGCUCAUGAUUCAAACAUGAGAGAUCGUAAAUUUCUGUUGGAGCAACUGAAUGAAAUGACAGAAGCUGCAGCCAAAAUGGAGAACAAGACAAAGAUCAAGACAUUCACAGAUGUGAUGAAUUAUGACACUGAGACGGGUGACCACUACAUCCCUGGACUGUGGCAUGGA